AUGCUCGUCGGCCGCGCCGCGGACAUCCCCCUCCAAUACGCGCUCUUCAAGAAAGGCUACGCGCUCUCCGCCCUCGUUAAAGUCGGCCUCAUGCAGCCCAUCGAGAUUGGGAAUGCCGCGCUGACGACGGGGCCGGGCAUCGGCGGGCUGGGCCCCAUCCCGACGCUGCUGCUGGGCAUGUACACGGUCGGCUCGCUGCGGCACGCGUACUGGGUGACGCGCACGAACACGAUGUACUUCGGCCCGUCGGGCGGCGCGAUCGUGUCGCUCUACAACACGUUCAUGAACACGGCGAACACGCUCGUCGCGGCGUACACGACGUCGCACCUCGCGCAGGUGGUGACGAACGUGACGUAUGCGGACUCCUUCGGUGGAUGGGCCGCCUCGCUCGGUUGGCAGCAAUGGGUUGGUCUGGCUCUGUUCGCGUCUGGCAUCACGAUCGAGAUGUACUCGGAAGAGACGCGCAAAGCCUUCAAGAAGGAUCCCAGGAACAAGGGCAAGGUCGACGACACGGGCCUCUUUGGCAUUGUUCGUCACCCCAACUACCUCGGCUACACGCUCUGGCGCACUGGUGCAUCCCUCGCGACCGGCUCUGUCCCCGCUGCUCUCGUCACCCUGUGCUUCCAGGUCUUCCAGUUCGCGAGCGCCAUCCCGCACUUGGCCGCGCAUAUGGCUGCUAAAUACGGCCAGCAAUGGAAAGACUACGAGGACCGCGUCCAGUACAAAGUCAUUCCCGGCGUAUACUAA